AUGGAAACGAAGAGUAACAGCAAUUCCGAUGUCAACGCCAAAUGGGACGCCUGUCUCGAUCUCACCGCCCGUCGCGUCGUCUACUCUUCCCUCGGCGGCGCCUUCGCUGGUCUUCUCUUCUUCAGGAGUCCUGUGACAAGAUGGGCGUCGAUUGCUUUUGGUGCUGGAAUCGGUAUUGGCUCUGCUUACACAGAUUGUUCUCGUCUUUUUGAUGCAUCAUCGUCUUCGACUUCAGCUACUUUAUCAGCUCCCAAGACAACUACAGAGACUUCUGUAUCUCAGGCAGCGGAAGAGUAA